AGAACCCACUUUGAUAAUAAUGGAAAUGCAAAUAACGCGCUGUCUAUUUUCUGGGAGGUAAGGAUCAACCUGACCUUAAAACUCAUUCUCAUACACACCCAUAUCCAAAAGCAAAGCAACACAAAACUUUGCAGAACUUAGUCACAUGCGUGACUACCACCUAGCAACGGUUCGCUGGAUCGCAAAGUUUCGAGGACGACCGGGCGAAGCCUUUCUAGGCAAAUUUAAACGUCUUUUAAGUUUUCUAGACCAGUCGUUUGGGUUAAUUUUUAACAAUAAUUUAACUCGGCUCGGAAUGCUUCACUUGGUGGCACUCAGAGCUUUGAGGUCAGAGUCAACGCUUAGAUGCUUGUAAUCCAGUGAGCUGUUGACCAAAGCCUGCAAAGGGCCUUUUGGGCCAGUUUCAAAAGCUGAGCAGUGUAAACCUAAAGAAAUCACAUUGACAUUCACGGAUAAAUACUAGCAGCCUCGGUGAAAACACUCAUUAUUCAGCCUAAUAAAUUAAUUUCGUGCAAGCAGAAGAGCCCGCAAUCGUAAUCUUCAGGUUGCUGGUACGAAUGGCGCUUGGCAAGUAUGUAACGAGCGUUCGUUUCGAUUUCCACUAAGAAUGAAUUGAGUGCCGAGAGUAGAACGCAAUCUGAUUACGCGCGGUUUCACCUUCUAUCACUCGUAAUCUGAUCACGCGUGUUUUGACCUUCUAUGAUGUGAAACGUAGGGAAAACACGGCGUUGGACCAAGGGCGUUUAGACCUUCGAUCGAUCUCGCCCGCACUCCAUACCUUCGGUUAUUACCUGUUCAACAGUUAUGAACGUAAAUUAAUCAGUGUGUGCUAAAACCUAUGUUCGAUUGUCCGGGACAUGUAGAAAUUUAGUUCGGACAUGUAAACCUUUGACUUGAAAUGUCCGUGGGAGAAGUACAUUAAAUAUUUUAAUUAGAAAAAAAUAAAGAAACAGUUGAAAAUGGUCUUCAAAUUACAGUAGAAUUAAAAUUCAUCUUAAAAGUCAAAAAGCAAACCUCAUGUUUGACGAAAUAAUGUUAAAUAUUCCUUUUAACUUCCCCAUUCCACGGUCUUUUCAUUUACGAGCCUAGUUUAGGUUUAAGUCAACUGUGAUUAAGGCCAAACUUUUUGGGCAAGAACUCUUUGGUUUUGGACAACCAAUCUUCAUAUAGUGCUUGUCCUAAGGACGAGUGGAUAGGAAAUUUUUCUCUUAAUCUGUUAAUUAUGUCAUGCUUUUUAUUGUAGGUUUUGGGGAAAUACCGUAAAGCGUAUGGUCCUGAGCCAAUCCGUCGCUGUGGCAACUGUAUCGGCGGGGAUGGAGACAAAUUGAAAAGAUGUGCUAACUGUGAGGAAGUAUAUUGUAGCAAAGAAUGUCAAGUUCUGGCCUGGGAAAAGGGCUAUAAAAACCUCUGCAACAAGUAA